CUGACAGUGAACAAAACGGGCACAGACGCUGCUUUUUUCUCAUCUGCAGGGGGUGAGGAUGCGGGACCGCGGAGCGAGCGAUUGGGCCGGAGCGCAGACCGGAAUGGUUUGGAAGGUGCUGACUUUAAAUGGUAAACUGAAACAAAACCAGAUUAAGAUCCAACAGAGUCAGAGCCUGAAUCUUAUCAACCUGUCGAUGUGGAUGGAGAAACAUUUGUCUGCGGGAAAAUAUUUUGAAUACGGGCGUAACAGGCUAGACACAGCCACUCGCACCAGAGUGAGGGCGUUCCACUGCAGUGAAAAACUGUUGCACCGUUCACAGUGGGGAGGAACUGUACCUGCGAUCUGUGCGUGGACAAGAUUUCAACUGCUGAGCCCCAGCUGGAGAGAACCAUGGAAAAGCCGUGGAAAUGUGGGGACUGUGGGAAAGGGUUCAAUUACCCAUCCCUGCUGGAAAUACACCGGCGCAGUCACACCGGGGAAAGGCCUUUCACCUGCUCCUUGUGCGGGAAGGGGUUCACUCAGUCGUCCCACUUGCUGACCCAUCAGCGGGUUCACGCCGAAGAGAGGCUCCUGGACGGCCCGGACUGUGACAACAGCCUCAAAGGCUCCGACGACCUGCUGAGGCACCAGGCCCCUCAGGCCGAGAGUCAGUUCUGUUGCUCCCACUGCGGGAAGGUGUUCAAGCGGUCGCAGAACCUCGUCGAACACGAGCGCACGCACACCGGGGAGAGGCCGUUCGUCUGCUCAGUGUGCGGGAAGGGAUUCACGCGCUCCUCCCACCUCGCCACCCACCGGCUCGUGCACACGGACAAGAGACCUUUCAAGUGCUCCGAGUGCGAGAAGAGUUACAAGACCACGAGCGACCUGCUGAUCCACCAGCGCGUUCACAACGAGGAGAGGCCCUUCCGAUGCUCCGUGUGUGGGAAGGGAUUCACUCUGUUGUCCAGCCUGCAGAAACACCAGCGCUCUCACACCGGGGAGAGGCCAUUCACCUGCCCCUUGUGUGGCAAGUCCUUCAUUUAUCUGACCAGCCUCACUUCCCACCAGCUGGUCCACUCGGAUAAGAGGCCCUUUCAGUGCUCCGAGUGCGAGAAGAGCUUCAAAACCACGAGCGACCUGCUGCGGCACCAGCGGGUUCACACCGGGGAGAAGCCGUUUGCCUGCCCCGACUGCGGCAAGAGGUUCACCCGCUCGUCCCACCUCCUGACCCACCAGCACAUUCACACCGGGGAGAGGCCGUUCACUUGCUCGGUGUGUGGGAAGGGAUUCACUCAUUCAACCCAUCUGCUGAGGCACCAGCAGGUUCACAAGAAGGAGCUGGACACCAUUGUCAUCGCUGCUGCUAAACACAUCCAGAACUGAAACUACGCUCGUUCUGACAACUGGGGUCCGAUUCCGCUGACGUUUAUAGGCCUGGAAUUGAUGUCUGUCAAGUGAGCCAGCACUUUGUCAGGGACAAGGGGGAGGUAUUUGCGUCUGUCUUCCAACUGGAAGUGGAUGAUCGUCUCGCUCUGUGCCUGUGCACCCCUCAUUAUUGCUGGUGACGGCCUUCAGCCAAUUCGAUUCACUCGCACGUGGCACGAAGAAACAGCCGAAGACGUAGGAUCCUGCAGAGACUCUGUGAAGUGAAGACAGACUGGCCGUCGCACUGAAGACUUGCGCUGCAGAAGUGACUGCAUCCCCUACCCCCAGCCAAACUGUUCUGCUGCAGCUACAAUAUUGGCAUCUGACUGACAAUGUGGAAAAUAGCUCAGGUAUGUCCUGAGCGUCAAACAGAUUCUGUCUGACUUAAUUAUUGCCUCAACAGUGUGCGCUCAGCCGUCAGCAACGCGCUGGAAGGUCUCAUCAAUAGGAGUAAUGUGCUCAUUUGGGUUUCCACCAGAGCCUGUCAGCUCUUGACAUCAUUAUGGUCUCUGACCAAACAUGGACUAAAGGACCAAACUCCAGAGGUGUGCUGAGUGAAAGUCUCAUCUGACUCAACUGAGGCCUCAAGGAUGCUCAGCAAAACUAGAGUGAAUGGGAAUCCAGGGUUGGAGGGGGAAGACUCCAGUGGUUGGCGUCAUACUUAGCACAUAUGAAGAUGGUCAUGGUUGUUGGAGGUCAGUCAUCUCAGCUCCAGGACAUCUCUGCAAGAGUUCCCCGGGGUGGUGUCCUAGGCCCAGCCAUCUUCAGCCGCUUCAUCAAUGACCUUCCCUCCAUCAUGAGGUCAGAAGUGGGGAUGCUCGCCGAUGAUUGCACAAUGUUCAGCACCGUUGGCGACUCCUCGGUUGUGUUCAUACGCAGCAAGAUCUGUGGGAAACAGCAUUCUCAGCCAGGCAAUGGCCAUCCCCUACAAUUGACAUUCUAGCCGUGGCCCCGUGACAUUCAAUGGCGUUACCAUCACUGAAUUUCCCCACCCACUGUCAACAUCCUGGGGGUUACCAUUGACCAGAAACUGAACUGAACCAGCCAAUGUAAACACAUUGGCUACAAGAGCUGGCCAGAGUCUGGGAAUCUUA